UUGAACACUAGUAAACAUUGGCGUCACGGCGUUGCCCGGCAAAAUGUGAAGUUACGCCAUACAACAUCCACCGUAAGUGCUUCGUGAAGCUUUAUUCGGCAAACAACCUCUUUGGAGUUUGGGUCCUGAGAAUGACAAAUUGUCUCCUCCCCAACGCAUGUAAGUGAGCGACGUCAUCGGCCUCAGGUCCCGAAAGGUCCUGGGAGUGUCGUGUCGAGGUCGUUGCGCUUUAAUCAGCUAAUAGUGCACGUCACCGCGCCCUCGGCUCAGGAGAGCGGAUUAAGGCGCCUUCUUGGAAGGAAACCCAGGACAGAACCUUUGCCGGUUCUAAUCUGCAGGGCGAGGAGCCACCGGCCGCUCAGAUUUGUUGUGCCGCUUUCUGGCCAGGAUGGACCUGGGCAAGGCCAAGCUGCUGCGGAGCGGCAUCAACACGCUGCACCAGGCCAUCCACCCUCUGCACGGUGUGGCGUGGACCGACGGCAAACAGGUGUGCCUGACCACGCUCUACUUCCAGCGCGGCGAGGCCAAGUUCGGCGACACCAACGUCAUCGGGCAGUUCGAGCACGUCCUGGGACUCUUCUGGGGCCCGCUGUGCUGCCCCGACUCGCCCGCCUUGCUGGCCGUGCAACACAAGAAGCACGUCAGCGUGUGGCAGCUGCAGCUCAGCGCGUUGGAACAUAACAAGUUGCUGUGCACGCAGACCUGCGAGAUGAGCGAACCCUUCCCGUUGAUCGCGCAUGGCUGCGUCUGGCACCCGAAAAUGGACAUUCUGGCUCUCCUCACCAAGCGAGACGCAUCAGUGCUAUUCUCAGUGCGGGUGGACAACAGGAGGACCAAGGCAGAAAUCAAAGGUAGUGGGCUGAUCCACUGCGCGUGUUGGACUAAAGACGGCACUCGGUUGGUGGUGGCGAUCGGCGCCGCGCUGCACUCCUACAUUUGGAACGACAUCCACAAGAGCCUGGCGGCCUGCUCUUUUUGCCCCAUCUUCGACGUGGGGGGCUACGUCUGCGCCAUCGAGGCAACGGGGGACUCGCAGGUUGCUGUGGCGACAGAGCUGCCUUUGGAGAAGCUCUGCGGCUUGAACGCCGAGAUGGCCUUCGAGGUGGACCCCCCACGAAACCAGACGCCAGAAAACGACCUCUCUCAGGACUCCAGACGACUCUCGUUUGACCUUGCCGAGAGGUCUCGCUCGGGCCCCCUGGACCUCACCCACCUCCUGGCUAGACACCGGCGCUCGGACCCCAGCCCGCUCAUCCACCUGCAACGUAAGGACACGGUGACGGGCUCCGGCCAGGACUCCUCGCACCUGGUGCUGAUCACGUACGAGCGCAAGGUGGUCACCACCCGCAAAGUCAGCAUCCCCGGGAUCCUGGUGCCGGAUUUGGUGGCGUUUGACCCGCGAGCCUCCACCGUCGCCGUGGCGUCCAACACCUGCAACAUGGUGCUGGUGUACCGCAUCACGGCGUCGGCCAUGCCCAACAUCCAGCAGAUCUCGCUGCAGACCACCGACAGACCCAAGGGGGUGUGUUUCCUCAGCGAAAAGGUGCUGCUGAUGAUGGUAGGCCGGCAGAAGUCCACGGACCCCGCCUUCCUCCCGUCCUCCAACACGGAAAAGUACACCCUGCGCCUAGUAGCCAAAGAGUUUGACGGGGAGGGUGUCCCCUCCCCUCUCAAUGCAGAGCCUACUUCUAAUUUGUCACGGAUUAGGAGGCACUCAGAGCACAUGCCCAAGGAGGACAGGGAGCGGCUGGGGAUAAAGGACUUGGUUCUUCCCAGGGCGGGAGUGGUCUCCCGCUCACCCGGGAGCAGACGCAGGCUGGUGGAGGAGGUGAGGAGCCCCGAGCCAAGCCCCGUGGCCAGCUCCGUGGACUUCUCCUACUCCUUGGAACGAACCCCCUCCGUCGCCGCGGAGACCUCGGACAUCGGCCGCAUGGCCGGCCUGGCGGUGGCCGGACCGGCCAGCAGGGACUCCAGCCGGGCCGGAUCGCCUAGACCGGAGGUGGCGCCGGAGCCAUUGCUGGCCCCGCCGGGUGGCUCCUCCAGGGAGCGAGCCCUGGAGCAUCUGGUCUUCAACAUGGAGCGGCUGUUCGCUCGCGUCGCAGACGUGCAGCAGUGCCUGGGCGAGAUCCGAGAACACGCCCAGAACGGCAAGAAGCUUCAGAGUUCCUACCCGGCCGCCGCCGAGCCCCCUUACCUCAACGUCACAUGCCAGAACCAGCUGUCUGAGAACGUGUUCAUCGACGAGCGCCGUCCGGUGCUGCUGUGCGACGGCAAGCUGUAUCUGCGCGCCCUCCAGGAGCUUUUCAACCUCGCCGUCGUGGAGAUGCUGCACGGCCCACUGUGGAUCGUCCUAGUGGCCGACGCCGACGGCUUCGUGCCCCUGAUGUUCAAGCCCAAAGAUGAGCUUACGGUACGCAACGGCAAGCGCAAAUCUACGCUGUGCACCCUCGGGAGCUCCGAGACCUCCGGCCCAUCAAGUCCGGCCCCCUGCCACAACACCACAACGGAGGCCUCCACAUAGUUUUAUGGACUUAAACCACUUGGUCAAUAAAGCAGUUUUAACACUUCA